CCUUUACAAAAAAAAAAAAAUCAAAAAAAAGAAAAAAGAAAAAAGAAAAAAAAGUAGAGAUUUAGAAGAUGGAGUGUUCGAGACCUAUCACCUUGUUGUUUUUAGUCCCAUUUCUCACAUUGGCCUUGGCGUCAAAAUCGGCUCAUAAGGAGACUGAUGAGGAGUAUUGGAAGAGGAGAGAGCAUGAAGCUCAAGUAAUAGCGAAGGCCACUUAUGUUCCAGAUCCUUUCUCUGUCACCAACGCUUUCAAUGCAGCAGUUCGCAAGGACCUAGACAAGAGCAAGAACAAAACAAGAAGGGGCCUCAGCGGCUCUGUGGGAACCAACACCUGCUAUGCCACCAACCCGAUCGACCGCUGCUGGAGAUGCCGAGCAGACUGGGCCGAAAACCGCCAGCGCCUUGCUAACUGUGCAAAGGGUUUCGGCCGCAAGGCCUAUGGUGGGGGCAAGAAGAGCGAGAUCUACGUCGUUACCGAUAGCUCAGACGAGGACAUGGAGAAUCCUAAACCUGGUACGCUCCGGUGGGGAGUCAUCCAAGAAAAGCCAUUGUGGAUCAUAUUUUCUUCAGAUAUGACCAUCGUUCUCAAGCAAGAGCUCAUUGUCACCAGCUGGAAGACCAUCGACGGACGAGGCGCCCGUGUCGAAAUUGCCCACGGCGCAGGUAUAACAAUCCAGUUCGUCUCCAACGUCAUCAUCCACGGGCUCCACAUCCACCACAUUCAAUCAGAAAACGGGGGGAUAAUACGAGACAGUGUCAUCCACGAAGGCCUCAGGACACAGAGCGACGGCGACGGCAUCACCAUCUUCGGGGCGUCCAACGUGUGGAUCGACCACAUGACGAUGUCGCACGGCGCUGAUGGGCUUGUCGACGUGAUCUACGGGUCGACGGGAGUGACUAUAUCCAAUAGCUACUUCACGGAGCACGAUAAGGUGAUUCUUUGCGGAGCCGACAAGAGGCACACCAUGGACGCCUUCAUGCAGGUCACGAUCGCGUUCAACCACUUUGGUCACAAGUGCAAACAAAGGAUGCCCAGAGUGAGGUACGGGUUCGUGCACGUCGUCAACAACGACUACACGGAGUGGGGGAUUUCAGCGAUCGGCGGCAGCGAUCAUCCCACAAUUAUCAGCCAAGGGAACAGAUAUACUGCUAACCCGGACAUUGGUCCUAAAGAGGUGACCCAUAGAGAUUAUGCAGCGGAGUGGGAGUGGAAGAGCUGGAACUGGACGACCGAAGGCGAUGUUUUCAGGAACGGCGCCUUUUUCAGAAAGUCGGGGGUAAGGAGCUCCCUCGAGCUCACGAAGAAUUACUCAAGAUUCGAUGUGUUCAGAGCGAAGCCUGGAACAUUUGUCACCAGGCUCACACGCUUUGUCGGGGCGCUUAGCUGCAAGGUUGGGGAGCCAUGCUAAUGAUAAUGAAGAACAAAUAUAUUGUGUUAUAUGUCAUGAACUUUUUUAUUGUACAUAUGAGUAGAAGGAAACAAAAAAAGAAAAGAAAAGAAGUGAUAUACAUUUAUUGUAUAUAUAAGAUAUGACAGACAUGAUUAUGAGUA